UCCUGACCUCCAGGCAGUGGCUGUUGGGAACUUGUCACAAGUCCCACCCCCGACCCCCACCCUGCCGCCCCGGGGCUUCUGGUUGGAUUUCUCAGAACACAAUCCCUACUGAGCCUUGGGGGAUAGUAACCCAAAGACAGGCUGCCCAAGGUCACCAGGCUCAGGACUUUCAGGAGCUAGCAGAGCCCCGGACCAGCCCCUGCCUCACAGUUUCCAUUCCCAAAGCCAGAGCCUGGAGAUCAUCUCUGAGCUGCCUUUCAGCACGUGGAAGGGUCGUUCUUCAUCUAUCGACGUCAGCGCUCACUGAGGCCGCCGCAGCGUGCACAGGCUGACCGAUGACCUCCUGGUGACCCUCAGAAGUUCACUGCCUCUAGGAGCCCAACAACACCAACCAGAGUAGAAGGACACAGCGGGAUAGCUCAGGUGGGAGAGGCCACAGCAGAGGGAUGGACAGGUGACAAAAUGAAGGCGUGAGAAGCGAGGAGGCAGUCAAGAACAGAACAGUCCAGCCUGUGGAAUGGUGCCAUCCAACAUUUGGGCCAGGUCUUCUCCUCUCAACUAGCCCUUUCUGGAAGCACCCUCACAGCCAUUCCCAGAGGUGUGCUUGGCUGAUCUCCUAGGUGCUGUCCUCCAAAGAAUCACUGAACCUAUUUUGGCUAUGCUGGACGAUGGCUCUGGUCAGUCCCCGCAAAGACCCGCCCCCUCAGUCUACGGGAAGACUAAACGCUCAUUGCCCAGGCAGGAGCAAGAGCUGGAGCUUAAUAACUUGGAUUCAGGGCUCUUGGGAGAGUGCUUGAAUGUCCUCCCAUCCUGGGAGGACAUGGUGGUCAGUAAGAUCAAGAACAUGAUGAUCACGGAGCAGAGCCUGGCUCUGGACACCAUCUGCCAUUUCCUAGAGGAGCACAACCAGCUCUGGGAAAAGCAGAAGGAGUCCCACAGGGAUGCCUCUGUGAAGAAGCUCCUAGAGUUCCUCAGCCUGGACCCCAAGGAAGCUGCUGAUAAGGCCAUCCUCUUCCACCUCUACGGGCUGAUCCUGCGCGAGUGCACCAGCGAGGAGCAGGUUCAGUGCCACUUGGCCAGCCUCCUGGAGCUGUCCCACCAGCACUCCAGCCAGCGGGAGGGCAUUGCGCUGGCUGUGGGCCUGGCCUCCACCAAGCACUUGCAGGAGGUAUGGGCCCUGCUGGAGCACCUGGGCCGCACCAAGUUCCUGCGUUCAGCCGCCGUGUCCCCAGACAGCCAGCCAUCAGACAACCACCUUCGAUGGAAAUGGGUCAGCAGCACUUCCCUGCUGUGCUAUGGGCAGAUAGCCAAACACAUCAAGAAGGACAUCCUGCCCUGGGUGGACAACAUCGCCUCAAGGAUGGUGUACUACUACUCCUGUGGCCCCUGUGAUGAGAUCCUGAAGUCAAGCUUCCUAUCUGCGGCCAUCCUGCUCACCAGAUCGCUCCGGGACGAGCAUGGUGCCCAGAGGUACAAGUUCACCCAGAUACCAGAGCUUGUCCAGUGCCUCCUGGGCAUCCUCCAGAAGGAGCCCAACUUCCUGACCACCUUCUCCCGGCAGAAGGUCAUACUGGUCAUCGUGGGCCUGAGUAACCUGCGACCCAGACUCACGCCCCUGCUCAAGUCCCAGGUUCUGAAGACUUGCCUGCACAGCGUGUACAAGCUUCCCUCUACCGAGGCCUUAAAGAGUGGCUCCCCUUCAUUGGAGCGAGCCCCAGAUAUCAUGGUGCUGUACAAGAAGACAAUACGUGCCUUGGACCUGCUCCUCCAGAACUUCAUCGCUGAGAACCCGAGCAUGGAUGAGGUCUGCUUCCUCCUGCAGCACACAGAGCACUGGCUGAACUCUGACAAGAGCCAUGAGCGCUGUCGGGCUGUGCAAUCCAUCUUCCUGCUUCUACAGUAUGUGGUGGACUCUUUGAAGCUUGCUGAAGAGGCCGUGCCAUCCAUCCUGGGCCACCAGAUAGGCCUCCUGACUCUGCUGUGGCGGGAUAAAGAUGAGUCCACACAACAACAUUCCCACCACUGCGUCUUCCUCCUCAUGCAGCUCGUGUUCCAGCAGAAAGGGAAGCUGGAGGAGACCUCGCAAUGGAGCAAGAUGACGCACUUUGAGAUCAAGUCUAGAGAGUGGGAGGAAAAACUCUACCACAUGGUGAAGGCCUUCAAGAAGGACUUGACUGUGGCGCAGCACACACAACUGAUCCUCACCCUGGUGCACAACCUAGGCAGUGGUAAUUACCUCCGAGGUGACCUUGCUGCCCAGCUUCUACUGAUGAUGUGUGAGGAGCCUGGCUUCAGAAAGGAACAGGUGGCUGAGCUCUUGCAAGGCCUGUUCCAGGAACUGCCAAACAUCCACUCCAGGAGUAUCCAGCAGACCAUAAGUAAGGCCACCAUGGCUCUGGGGAUCCAGCAUACUCAGGAGGUGGUAGAGGUGGUCUUGUCUCUAUGUCAUCCCUCAGAGAGGUGGAUCCUACUGCUGUGGAAGGCUCUGGCUACCAACUACCAUUUGUCCCGUGAUGUUAUAACCCUGCUCUACAUAAAGUUGAAACUGCGGCCACCCAGGAAGCUCCUCCAGUCCAAGUAUCAGGCCCAUCUGGUCUCCCUGAUGGCACUGGGCACCAUUUAUGAGCUCCUCUACACCCCGGAGUACAGGAACACAGUCCGCUGGGCUUUCGCGGGGAUCCUUCUGGGACUCCUCACAGAGCUCUACUACCUGCUGGAGAUGGGCCUGGUGCAGGGUAUCUUUGACUACCAGGAAGACAACAUAGCCUCUAAGCCCCUUGGGCCCUGCAGAACCUGCCUGGAAGCACUCAAGGGCCUCUUUUGGACCAAUCAGUACUGGGAAGUGUUUGCCGACCUCAAGCUGACCCAGGCCUGGGAGCUCUUUGGGAAGAUGGAAACUUUCACCAGGGGAGUGACCCUUUUGGCCAGGGCCAUGGCUCACUAUAACUGCGAGGUCAAGGCCGUCUUGGGGCAGGCUCUCAUCUCCCUGAAGAGCACCGAAGAGAGAGACAACAUCGUGGGGAUCUGCAUCAUCACCGAGUUUCUCAACAGCCCAGAUGUCUUCCAGUACGUGUCUCGGAAGGUCAUAGACAACUCCCUGAGCAUGGGCCUUUCCAGCCGCAACCGAACAGUGCGAGCUAUGAGCCUGCAGGGGCUGGGCAGCACUCUGAUGCACCCUAAUAAGGUAACUCUGCUGAGAAGUAAGUUGAUGGAGCUGUUGGACAACUUCCUACAGCCUGAGUUCAAGGACCCUGUGGGCCUGAUGGAGAUCAUGGGCCACCUCCUACACUGUCUGGGUGUCCAGGGCAUCGGGACGCUCAGCUUCAAGAUUGCUCAGCACCUUCUCAGCCUGUUCACAGAUGAAAGAGCAAAGGUGCGGGAAUGCGCCAUCUUCCUGUUUGGGGAUGUCAUCCACUAUGGUGGCAAGAAGUUUCAUCAGAGCCUCAAGAUACUGGCUUUCCAGGCUACAGUGCCCCUGCUCUUCCAUAUGGCUGACCCCUGCCCAGAAGUGGCCAUGAAGGCCAAGUUCACCUUCCUGCGCUGUGCCAUCCUGUUAAAAUGGGAGUUCCGGAAGGAGCUGUUCGGCAAGCUGGCGUGGGGCCAAGGGCUGGGCGCUGCGAAUGACAUUUUUGUCUACAUGAUAGAAAGCAACUUUGGCAACUACCAGCAGUUUCUCAGCCAGGCCUUGAUGUAUCUGGACAGCCCCCACAAGGCCCUGAAGGGGGCAGCCAUGAGAUUCAUCGGGGCGUUGCUUCAGGACUACUUCUCUGACCUCUGCUUCUACUUGACAAAGGACGACGUGAUCAUCCUUAAGAACUAUUUGGAGGCCCUCAGCCAUGACCCAGACUCCAGGACCCGAAGGUUCUACCUCAACCAUUGGGAUGAUGUUGUGGAGCUGUCCCACUACGUGAUGAGCUGAGUCUGCUCUUGUCCUUAUUUUUGUCUUUGUUGAGUCCUAUCUUUAUUAAAUGCCACAGAGUAUCA